GAGUCCGAAGAACCGUGACUGCAUACCAAACUCGAGCCAACCGCGGGCAACAUUCGGUCCGCUUCCAGCCAUGGAUGCUCCCCGUUUCUAUCCCCACGCCCACCCCCUCAUUUAUCCUAUCAGUUUUUUUUCAUCGUUCUGUAAUUUUGGAGAUCGUGGGGAGGUCGCUUCGAUUUCACCGAGCUCCCUCGUUCCCUCCGCCCACGAGGACAGCUCGCCGCCCCCUUCGCCACGAGCCCACCUUCUGCGCCGCCGUCUCCUCUAAGGAUAGCCAUGAGCGGCGAUGGUGGCGGCUCCGGGCACCUCGCGUGGCCGCGUUGCAGGCUCCUAGGCGAUCGAUCGAACAGCAGCGCCAGGCAAGGACGUUCUCCCAUCGUUGGAGAUCAGGAAGGCCACCUUGCUCUCGACGUUAAGGAGCACCGGCGGCACCUCAUCCACGACGUGCCCCCUCAGAUCCCGUCGGCAGCAGGCAGGAGUGGGAUGAGGAGCGAGUAGAUCGGCAAGCCUCCAGGCUGAGCCAUGGACAUCAUCGGCCGCCGCGGCACUGGGCUCGGUCACCAUGUUGCUCGGUGGCAGCUUCGCGUCACACAUGGGCACUGCCUUUCUGCUGCACGCUUGGCUCCCUGGCAGGAUCGGCAACAAGGUUAGCCAGCAGCAGCCGAACGACUCCAUCCACCAUAGAUGGUGGAUCCAUUGGGAGGAUUUGCUAGGCAGUGUCCCGAUAGCUGUGGUGUUUCAGGAUGUACAAUAUGGUUUCAAUAUUGGCAGAGGCACCAAUGCUAUUUGUGACUGCUCAUGGUAAAUACAUGAUCUUAGUUCCAGACUACCACUGAACUGAUGUGGCGUCCAUGUGUGUGCACUGGUAGUUAGCAAAGCUUUCUUGAAUGAAAAGAGGGCUUGAAGAAGGGGAAGAUAUUCCUUAUUUCUGAUAUUAUUUGUUGGCAUGCAAAAUUGGUAGCUUUGUGACAAAUGUUCCUCCUGUGCAGAUUAAUGGGAUAUCAUAGCUUGCAACUUGCCAUUUGUCCACUUAGAAAGGCAAAGGCCCUUGGGGCCUUCAAGCGUACCUGGAUAGUGUAUUCAUUCGGAGAUGCCUCGAGAGGGAUGUCGCUGCACAGCCCCUGGCCUACAACCUGGUUACCCGGCCUCCUACUGUCCUACACGUGAGGUAAGGCUAGCCUUCAGUCCUUGUAAUUGUAAUUGUGCAUAGAUUUGCUGAGCCAGGAAGCUUAUCAAUUCUAAUCCAUUCAGAGAGAACUAGUGGUAUCUUACCACUUAUUUUUCCUUUCAAAAUCAACAGUUCAGCUAAUCAGUAGUUAUGUCUUCUGAUCUCAAACAUUUUGGUUGGGCACUAAGGAUGAGGUGGGCUUGGCUGAAAAAAACUGAACCUCACCGCCCCUGGGCUUCCCUCCAUAUUCAGAUCCCAUACCAAAUCAAUGCCUUCUUCUCGGUGGCUGUUGUAACUGAAGUUGGUAAUGGGAAUCACACAUUGUUCUGGACUGAUCGUUGGAUCCAUGGACAGUCUAUUGCUGACCUUGCCCCUCGAUUAUUAGAAGCCAUCCCAUUGAGAAGGGUGAAACGACGUACUGUCCGGGAAGCUCUUACUGAUCACAGUUGGCUUUUGGAUAUCAAGGGAGCCUGCACAGUUGGUGUUAUAGUGGACUUCCUCCAUCUUUGGGAAGUGUUGUACAACUUCGAAUUAGAGCCUAACGUCGAAGAUGUCCACAUUUGGCGGCUACCAAAUAGUAGGCAAUACUCUGUCAAGUCUGCUUAUGAGGGUUUCUUCCUGGGAUCUACUCAGUUUGGACCUUAUGAGAGGAUUUGGAAAUCCUGGGCACCGCCCAAAUGCCGUUUUUUCCUAUGGUUGGUGGCCCAUAAUCGGUGCUGGACUGCGGAUCGCCUUGCGCGACGUGGGCUGCCUCAUCCUGAGAAGUGCCCUUUUUGUGACCAGGAAGAGGAGACUAUCAACCACCUUCUAGUCUCUUGUGUCUUUGCUAGGCAAUUCUGGUAUUAUCUUUUAAGGCAGGUCGGCCUCCACUCCUUGUCACCACAACCUUCUGAUGUUUCUUUUGAUAGCUGGUGGGAUCAAGCUAGUGGAGCAACAAGCGGAUUGAUACAAAAAGGUCUCAACUCUCUCAUUGUUCUUGGGGCGUGGACUCUUUGGAACCAUCGGAACCGUUGCGUUUUUUAUGGCAUUAUCCCAAGCUUUGGGGUGCUGACACAAUUAGUAGUCAAAAAAAAUCUAUUGCUUGGACAUAGCCACACUGAUGCUGCUGAGGCAACACCUUUUUGGGAGUGGUGUGGUAUUGUAGUGGAUGAUCUUGUGCUCAUUUUUCUUAAGUUUUAAUACGUUCAAUUAUCCAGCUACUGACACAAUUAGUAGUCAAAAAAAAUCUAUUGCUUGGACAUAUGAAAAUAAUUGAAAGUAGUUGAAUAAUUUAAAUGUAUCUGGCACUGCAGUUGGAAGAUAACUUGAGCAAUUAAAGCUGGACUACAGCUAAUUUGGCUGCAUGGACCACACAUGUACUCCUAAUUCAAUUUAACUUUGCUUAAAGACCCCGCUUGAACUGCAUAUAUAAAUUAGUAACAAAAAUGAUUCUUAUGCUUGAGUAGACAUAUAAACAUACUUUCUGUUAUUUCAUUUGACACCCUAGUGUCAGUGUUUUGAAGGACUGGUCAAAGUAUAUUUACUGUUAUUUAAUGAUUUGAAAAUUUUGCCUAUGUUUUGUUUUAUGCCAGAUGUGAUUUAGUGACUAAUAUAUGGAUGUAUAUUAUCAGUUCGUGAUUCCAUGUUUUCUCAGUUCUGCGUAUGGAUUAUCUAGCCAAGAUGAAAUAUGCUAAUGCAUGCACAAAUUAGUGUUCAUGUAUGAAGAUCCACUUGCAAACUUAUAAUUCCUUUAGAAUUUUCAAUCAUGCAGAUCCAAUUAAUCUGUAACAUCCAAGUUUACUUAGAACAGUCCAAAAAAUGCCAUUUUUCUUAGUAUUCAUAGGUGAUAUCUUUACUUCUAAAUCAUUUUUUUAGAUGUUCAAUUAUGAAUGGACAUGCCACCGGCGAGCUAUUAUUAUUUAUUGCACUUUAGGAGUGAGUUAAUCAACGCAUAUAGCUGUUGUUAGAGCCUCGGCCUCCCAGCUUUAGUUGCUUUUAUUUGCUAGAUUCAUACUUCUUUUCCCAUUAAAAAUUUUGAUUCCUUGAUGUUUACCAGCUGUUUAAGAAAGCACAAAUCAGUAUCUGAGUUUGCAGGAAAUCUGUAUGUAUGGUUUAUUAAUUAUUAUUAAUCUUUAAGUUCUUUUUUAAUGUUUUCUAUUGUUUCCUUUU